UCAUUUUACUGAGGAGCACAAUGACAACUGGCAGCAGUGGAUUAUAAAAGACACCUCUAACAAGCAGGAAACAUGGCCAUACUGUGGUGUGUCUGCUCUACUAUAAUCCUCUCCUGGAUCUGGACUAGGGAAGCCAGCUGUGACGUACACUAUAAGGCAGAAGAGGUGGAGAUUUUCCAUUCGGAUAAACAGACCCUACUGGGAUGGACUUCUAACCCGCUCAAGGAAUGGACUGAAAUUAAACUGGGCACACAGACUAAAGUUCCUGUGCUCCAAGCUUGUGGAAAAAAGAUAAAAAGAACUAUUCUAAGCCAGUGGAUGGAGCGUAAAGACGCCCAUUAUCUUCUGAUGGAUAUUUCAGUUGCCCAAGAAGAAGAGACAUCUGGUCAGCUCAGCCCGCUACAAGUUCACAUUCUUGACACAGACACACGAAUCCUAAGAUUUCAAAAUAGGAAUGCCCUUGACCUUCCAAUGUCGGAGCCAUUCCCUGUCACAGUCCCUCAUAACCAAAUAUGGAGCCACCUGAACCGCAGCCUGGCUCUGAGUCUGGGCUCUGUCAGCCGCAGAGGCUUCCAGCUGGCCUUCUCCUACUCAGGAUCAUGUGCGCUGAUAGCUUCCAUCAGGAUUUACUACAGGAGGUGCCCUGACAUUGUGGAUCACCUGGCCUUGUUUAAUGGGACAGGGGCCCUGUCCGAUCUCCAAAUGGGUUCCUGUGUGAAGGGGGCUGUGGAGGUUUUACCACCUGUUAGAGAGUGUCAAGAGGAUGGAGUGUGGGGUCCGCUGCAGGGGGGGUGUACCUGUGAACCUGGACAUCAGGUGGUCAUGGAGGACACCUGUCAAGCCUGUAGGAUGGGCUUCUACAAACCAGCCAAUGAGACUGCGGCAUGCCAGCUGUGUCCACCAAAUACCCGGACCCAUGCAGAGGGAUCAGAGAGCUGCGACUGUCUAAAGGGUUUCCGCCGCCUGCCAAGUGACCCAGACCACCUCGGCUGCACCAAGCCGCCCUCUGCCCCUGUGAAUCUAACAGCCCAUCACCAUAAUGACUCAUUGCUCAUCAUGACGUGGGAUCCUCCUCAUGAUUGGGGGGGCAGACAGGAAGUAACAUAUUGCAUCAAGUGUCAGAAGAAAGCGGAUGCUGGCAAUCAGUGGGAAGCCUGUGGGGAAGAUGUGGUUUUUCUGUCAAAUUCAACAGUGCUGACCAACACAUCGGUCAGCAUUACACAACUCAAUCCACAGCACGACUACAGAUUCUCAGUGCAAGCCCGGAAUGAUAUCUCCAACCUGUGGGGGGCGCCACCUUCAUCCACUGCCACUUUUACCAUGCAUAGAUGGAAAAUUCCACCUGUGGUGAUCACUGUGGUGCCGAGCUUAAACAUCUCAGAGCCUGAAGGAGUGCCAGCUCCUCAGCACAAGACACGCUUCUCCAUAUGGCUGACAGUUGGUAUUUUAUUUGGCGUCCUGGUGCUCAUAGCUAUCAUCCCCAUUGUUGUGUGUGUCCUGCGCAGCAACUACAGUAAACUCAGGUAAAGGGACCUUCCACUUCUGUUUCUCUUGCCUCAGAUAACACUUUAAUGUUAGGACUUUCAGCAUGUUUGGAUGGAACAAUAA